AUGGUGUCAAUAUUCAGUUUUCGGGUUGUUGCAGAUGUGGAGGAAUUGAAUUGUUAUAUUUACCACGGAUUCUCCGAAUGCAUCACCAUGAUGAAUUUAUGCAUGAAAGAUAAGUCGAAUGAAGGACGACCAUUAGCAGUUAGCGAAUGGGAAUGCGCAAAGAGUCAGAUCAUCAUCGCAAAUUGUAAGACGCUAUAUGGGCCACAGUGUGAAAUAUUACAAGAAGAGUGUGCUGUUGCAACUGGAUCAGCCAGGGUGAAGAUUGGAAACGGAGGAGUGUAUCAGAUGCCCAUACCACUCAGGAAUUGCAUCGCGGAAGGAGGAGCUAUGGCAAUGUGUAAGGUGCAUCACGACCACACGAAAUGUAACACAUGGAAGGUACAAUGCUAUACAGCUUUGGGCUUACCAGUGACGUCAACGGUUAUUGGUAAAUAUGAGAAACUGCCUACGCCAGUGGCGUUGUGUGUUUCAGCGCAGGAUUUAAUGGCACGAUGUAAGGCAGCGAUAGGAACAAGUGUUUGCGAUUUGCUGUUAGAUGAAUGCAGGGGAAGAUUCGGCUCACCCAGCAUAACGCUCUCAUCAAAUUCACUUUACUCUCUGUCCCCUCAGCUUAUCAACUGCAUUCAACACCGAUACAAGAGGACUUCUCCGUUCAUUCGUCAGUAG